UAUUCCACUACUAGUAGUGAUUAUCUUAUCAGGAAAUAAGAAUACUCUUUUGUCCUCCAAUGGAAGACUCCUCUAAGCAGCCUCUUCUUUCACCUUGUGAACCCCAAAUCACCACACAAACUUCUGCAUCUUCUUUUGUUGCUGAUGCGGCUGAUAUUCCCCCUAUCACUGGAAUCCAAGAUUUCUUCAGAGAGUUUUUUGUUGAAUCUAAGAAAUUAUGGUACCUUGCUGGUCCAGCUAUUUUCGCCUCCCUUUGUCGCUACUCUCUUGGUGCUGUCACUCAAACAUUUGCUGGACAUCUUGGAACUCUUGAGCUUGCUGCUGUUUCUGUUGAAAACUCUGUCAUCGCCGGUUUCUCUUUUGGUAUCAUGUUGGGAAUGGGAAGUGCGUUAGAAACACUAUGUGGACAAGCAUUUGGAGCAGGACAAAUUGACAUGCUAGGAGUAUACAUGCAAAGGUCAUGGGUUAUUCUCAAUACAACAGCAGUACUUCUAAUGUUAUUGUACAUUUUUGCGGCGCCAUUUCUGAGAUUAAUCGGACAAACAGAGGACAUAUCACGGGAAGCAGGGAAAAUGGCUUUAUAUAUGAUUCCUCAACUUUAUGCAUAUGCCAUGAAUUUUCCAAUCGCCAAGUUCUUGCAGGCACAGAGCAAGAUUAUGGUCAUGGCAUGGAUUGCAGCAAUAGCUUUGGUUCUGCAUACUUUUUUUAGCUGGUUAUUUAUGCUAAAACUUGGGUGGGGACUUGUUGGCGCCGCCGUGGUACUGAACUCAUCAUGGUGGUUCAUAGUGGUGGCGCAGCUGCUGUACAUAUUUAGUGGGACUUGUGGACAAGCGUGGUCAGGUUUCUCAUGGAAGGCUUUCCAUAAUUUAUGGGGUUUUGUUAAGUUAUCUCUUGCAUCAGCUGUGAUGCUAUGCCUGGAAACUUGGUACUUUAUGGCAUUGGUCCUCUUUGCUGGUUACUUAAAGAACGCAGAAAUCGCUGUUGAUGCCUUGUCCAUUUGCAUGAACAUACUGGGAUGGGCAGUGAUGGCAGCUAUUGGAUGCAAUGCAGCUGUAACGAAAAAAUAUGCAAAAGUUUUCAGUGUGAGAGUCUCAAAUGAACUUGGGGCAGCUCAUCCAAGAACUGCCAGAUUUUCAGUGGUGGUGGUUGUAAUAUCUUCCUUCUUGGUUGGCCUUCUCCUCUCGAUCGUUUUACUUGUUUUUAGAGAGCAAUACCCCUCCUUAUUCACAGAGACCGAAUCAGUUAAGCGUCUUGUUUUUGAGCUAACACCAUUACUAGCAUUUUGCAUGGUGGUUAACAAUAUUCAACCAGCUCUAUCUGGUGUGGCAAUCGGAGCAGGAUGGCAAGCUUUGGUUGCUUAUGUCAAUAUUGCUUGUUACUAUUUGUUUGGUAUUCCAUUGGGUUUAUUAUUAGGGUAUAAGCUCAAUAUGGGUGUCCAAGGUAUCUGGUAUGGAAUGAUUACCGGAACCGUGAUUCAAACAUUCACGUUAUUUUGGAUAGUUUACAAAACCAAUUGGAACAAAGAGGCUUCUAUUGCAGCAGAGAGGAUAAAAAUGUGGGGAGGGGAAGCAGCUAGUAAAGCAAAUGAUGCAGAGAAAUAAACAACGAUUAAGUAUCAUCGCAUUAAGCCCAUCAAAUUAUAAGUCAUGCCCCAAAAACCAGAGGUAACAUGAUCGGCUCCCGACACUACAAUCCUUGUAGGGCGAACACACAUCCAAAUGAAUGCAUCAUUAUUGUAUAAAGGGCUUUAAUAUGCCCAAAUGAAUGUUAGUAGUCAUGACAUAUGUAAAUAAUUUUCACGACAUUAUUUUGUAACUAAAAAUAAUCAUGAUAUGUUGCAACAUUGGACUAUGUAACGACCCGGCCGGUCGUUUCGAGA